AUGAAAUGGCAUGUUUGUAUGACUACUCAGGACGCCGAGUUUUCAGAGUAGCCAAAUUCUGAUGCACGCCAAAAGAGAGAGAGAGAGAGAGAGAGAGAGAGAGAGAGAGAGAGAGAGAGAGAGAGAGAGAGAGAGAGAGGAAAAAAAAAAAAAACACACACACACACAAAAAAAACAACAAAAAACCAUAUUUUUGACCGGCAUCCCUUGCAUAAUCAGAUCUAUCUGGAAAAUCAGACACAUUUUUUUGCAAUUGUGAACGCUUGCUUGGUCCUCUUGUAAA